AUGCGGCGCCUCGCUGCCUCCCGCCCGGCCCGGCAGCAGAGCAUGCGCAGAGCCAACACUCCUGGGCGGGGCGGCUGCCCACGAGCAGCGUUUCCUCCGAGAGCGCCUGCGCCACAGCCCGUUUGUCCCCAGCCGCUGGCCGUAGGCUCCUUCCGGGCCAGGGGCGCUGACGCGCGUGAGGCGCCACGUGACCGGAAGUCCCCUCGGUGCGGCGGAAAGGUGAGGCGUGCUGGGAGCAGCCGGAGCGGAGUACCUGGGACCAGGACUCGCCUGAUAUGCGUGGCCAUGGCUACGGGGAUAAUAUACAGAAGAUUUGCAGGGCAAUCUUGCAGGGCAGCUGCAUUUUCUACUACGACAAGGGCUUGGGGACAGAAGAUGCUCUUUGGAAAUGCAGAAGAGAGCCGGAGCGCCGUCACAAUGGGCAAAGGAGCUAAAGCUGCCGUCAGCCUCGGACUGUGGGCGUCCCCAGAGUACAGCAUGUCCAUUAACCCCUCAGCCUACCAAAUGGCCAAACGCUUACAUCAUGAAGACGCCUCAAGAGGUUUGUGGGAUGGAUCCCUUGAAGGUGACUCGUCCACUGUCGGUCCCAAGCAAAUCCGAAGUACUUACCACGUCACCAGCACACAGAGGCUUUCCGGUGAAGAGGGUGUGCUGCUGGAGGAUGAUGAGGUGCUUUCUGGUGAGCAUCCCCUGAAACAGGGCCCCAUGAAAAAUGAUAGGCAUGAUUAUGAUGAUGACGACGACGAUGAUAUGGAUACAGAGAUCUAUGACUCUAAGGAGCAUACCAGAAUAUUCCAGAAGCAAAGGCCUGAGUACAGAUCUCUGUGUUACAACAGGGAGGAAUUUUCUCAGUCCCUUUCCGCAGAAGAGGGCGAACGCAUCCUACAGAAAGUCUCUUUGAUUAAAAGUGGCCUCAAACCAGAAGCCAUUGCUGAAUAUUUCUUCCGGCUAAGCUGUUUGCCUGCAGAGCAGCGCAAAGCUGUAUUGUCCAAUUUCAGGUUCGAUAUGCUGUGUAACUAUGGCAUUAAGAACGUCAAGAUGUUUUCUACCGCUGACCUUAUUACAAUUUUGAAAGCCUUUGUCACCCUUAGGAUUCCACCUUCCCACUUUAUGUUGAAGAACUAUGAGAAAGAAUUUUGCUGCCGGGCCUGGGACAUGAGCCUGAAUCUGGUGCUGCUGGUGGCCGACUUGUGGUGUUACUUGGGCCGCAGCGUCCCUUGCUAUUUGGAGAUCAUGUUGACCUAUGUUAACCAGCAUUGGAAAGAACUCACUUUGCCCCAGCUGGUCCAGCUCAGCUACAUCAUUGGUGAAGGGCGUAAAGCCCCUGAAGAGCUGAUGAAGAAACUAGACCUCUUGAUGUCAACGUAUUUGGACUCUCUCAGCCUAGAGGAAGUGGGUGUCAUAUGUUUGGGGUUCUUCAAAUCAAAAAGUUGUCUUUCCGACGCAACUAUGCAGAGAAUCGGACUUAAAACCUGUGCCCACCUGGCAGACAUCAGCAAUUGUGCCUUGGUGAACAUCCUCAAGAUGUAUCGCCUCACUUACCAUGGCCACAUCUAUUUUUUGAAGCAUCUAGGGCAAUUGGUUCCUUCUCGGAUGCAGACAAUGACUGUUCAAAGUAUCAUGCACAUAGCACUUGCGUGUUCAGCUUUGCAUUACUUUGAUAAAGGACUUAUGGAUAAUAUUGCCUAUUCUGUGCCUCCAAAGGUAGCUUCUUGUCGAUGCAAGGAUGUUGCCAAAUUAUUGUGGUCUUUUGGAAACUUAAACUAUGUGCCCCCUAAUGCAGACGAGUUUUAUACCAGACUCGAGGAACAGUUGCAUGUAAAGUUUCAUGAAUUUCAAAAGUUCCCUGAGCAUUUGGUGACUGCUUUGGUAGCUCUGGCGUUAGUCAAGCGCUUCCAUUACGACUUGAUAGAUUAUGCUUUGAGUCCUAAGUUUAUCGGUUUAUGCAGAGAGGGUCAAUACUACCCCGACCGAGACUUGUUAACUCUUGAUGGCACAGUAGAGAUUGAAUGCCCUGAUUACGCAGGUAAUCGUCUUUCACCACAGUUUAGGCAAGAAGCGGUGAAUAGGGUGUAUAGCUAUGCUAGGCAGGAUUUCUGCAUUAAGCCAGAAAUCAUUGCAGCUAUGUCUGUACUGGAAGAGAUGUUGGGGGGGCCACAGUAUGUAAAAAAACAUUUGAUUUUGCCUCACAACAGAACAGUCGAUCUGGAGGUUUGUUUAGACGCUAACCAGAACCCAUUGCCAUUUAAUUCAGAAGCUGUUGUAGCAGAACCAUUGACACUCACAGAUCAUGGAGUGUUCCUUACAAAUGAUUUAAUGGAUCAGCUUUUAAAGGGGAAGAGUAGGAGCCAGACCCUCUUGGUUGAUGGGGGAAACAAGACUGAAAAGUGUGUCCAGAAAAGAGCCGUCCAGCUGGAUUUAUCUCUCUCCACUGGGAAUCAUCGCUCCUUUUCUGAUGGAGUUCCCCUGACUGGUCUCCUCUUCGAUGCUUUGACCAAGACGACUUCUAAAGAUCCCGAUCCUCAGCCGACUGAGCAGGUGCGUUCCGGGAGGAAACUAGCCAUCCAGGUGUCCACCAGGAACCACUAUGCCUUGAAGUCAAAACACUUGCUGGGGUUUCACAGUAUGAAAAGGAGGCAACUCCGUCAGAUUGGAUAUGUGGUGAUAGAAGUACCCUUCUGGGAAUGGAGUCCGUUACUCAAACACAGCUAUUCACACAAAAGGGAAUAUUUGUAUCAUAAGGUGUUUGGCUCUUCUAGUGAGAGGGAGCCCGAAUGUCCUGCAAAAUCAGAAUUCUAAGAAAUUGAGAUAGUGAUGUCCUCAGUCUUGGGGGCAGUAUCUGUGGUACAACAUAGCCAUGUGGUUUCCAUUGAAUUAUCGCUCAUUUCUAAGCUAUUUUGUGCUGAGGAUUGCAAAGCUAUUUCUCAGUCUUCUUGAAAAGAGGACUGUACCCACCCACUAUAUUUCUUUCUUGUAAAGGGAUUUCAUUGUGAUGUUUUCUGUAAAUAAAAUGUGUCUUCCAAUAU